AUGUCCCGCCUAAAACUCUCCCCGUUGAAACUCUUAUCCACGGCCGCACUAUGCGGCGGCGUAGGAACCAUCGGCGCGUUUCGCUGGUGGACACGAUCCUGCCAGUUCGAGCCCUACGACCCUUCACGCGAUGUUCUCUCCCAAACACCAUUUUACCGACGGUUUAAUCCGAACAAGAACCCGACGUUUCAUGAUCUCUGCGUGCGGAAAGUCCCCCUGUCGCAGCUGGACCCGGACCUCUUGAGGGAUCAUGACGAAGGAGGGACAAAGUUGAUCGAGGCGUUCUGUGCCGCUGUUUGGGCGAGUCGUGCCUACGCCAUCCAGCGCAGAUACCUCCAGCAGCGGUACAGCGCCUCGCCCGCUCUGGCGCACCAGCUCUGGCGACGGCCCGAGCUCCUCCGCUCGCACUACGACGUCGGCACCGAAAUCACAAACCACUUCGUCGUGCUGUCCAAGACUCCUACAGCGAUCCUCCUGCGGUGCGGCGACUCGCCGCUCAACACGCCUCACGGCCCGCGCGCCGUCGAUGGCCUGUUUGAGCUGAGCGUCACGAUACAUCGGGAGUCUGCCGACGUCCCCGUCGCCGAGUUCCGCAUGAAGAGCCUUUUCUAUUUUGGCGUGGACGUCGCCGCCUCGAGUCCCAUUGCGCCGCUCUCGCUCGAAGGGUGGGCCCACAAGCGCUACGUCAAGUUGUUGCUCGAGGAGGCUGUCCGGGGCUGCACGCCGCAGGGGCAGGGGCAUGGGCAAGGGCAGCCGCAGUCGUCUUGGGACAAUGUUCGCGAAGCAGUAUUCGGGCCCGCGCCAGCGGCGCAGAAAGCAACAACGAGGGAAUGA